AUUUAGACAAAAAUUUCUUAACAUAUGAUCAAUUCAAAUCGACACGAUUCAAAUAUCAAACACAUUCACAAGCUAUUUAUACAAGUCGAUUUUUGAAUUUUUCAAAACUUUCUAAACCAG